GUACUUAGUAGUUCUUGCCUGUAUCACAGCGGUUUCACGUUGUAGCUCACAUCAAUGCCAUUGUUAAAGUAGAUAACUGGCUACUAGUUAACUAUUUAUAGUUGUAUUAUCCUCAGCUACAUCUUAUCUCAUAACCAGGGCAACCUAAAACAGCGGUACAUAUGGAGCUGACAUGGGAGGACGUCCCGCUCCCAGCCCCAGACGGUCUAUUAUUUAACAAAGACCUAUAUGAUAAGUACUCCCUGGCGCCGACCAUCAAGGGACUGUGGGCUAUCGCUGUUGUAAGUCCCACAGUAAAGGUUGACGUGAAGGAGGAGUUAGAGGACACAACAGGACCAGCCAAGCUCCCCUCUACACAGAACCAGUCAAACAGCAGCAGUAACAUAAAUGAUGAGAGGAGUGGCACCGGAGAACCCUGUUCUGACAGUCAGGAUGAACACGGUGACCGUAAAGAUGAUCACCCGCCUGCUGGAGAGGCAGUCUCCAGACAGGAACCCAGUCACCCUAGGCCCUCCGGCCAGGACCCCGGCCUUCCCAGCCAGGUACCAGAGUUGUUCCCAGAGCCCAGGAUUCCAUACCCCUGUUUCUCCAGACUCACCAGUAAAGACCAGCUGACAUAUCUCCAUGUGCUGACCAGCAAACAGCCCAGAGAGGCUUCUCAGACUCUGUUGCUGCAUGUGAACAGUGAGAGGUCAGAGUUCAUGAGGUACCUGCAGGAAGUGGCCAGGAUGUGUCCUGACGACUACAACUACAUAUCCCAGGGGGCCGCUCUCUACUCAGAGGAGUACCUGAGAGCCUGUCUAGACCAAAUGAGGAUGUAUCCCCAACUCUAUCAGAUCCAUGAGAUAACCAGCCUCACAGGAGGAAACUUCUCUUCUAGCCUCCAGCUCAACUUUGAGAAACAGCUGCUCACUAUGGGCGAGGUGGUGAUCACAGACCACAAAGUGGUGCCUAAUGAAGCACAGUUGGCAUUUGACUACGAGACUGUUUCAUCAGAUAUUCCUCCAGUCAAGAAAGCAAAGCUCUCACACUCUGGCAUCAGUACUGACAGUAAUGCAGAGAAGCUGAGUGGUCGGUAUGAACCCCAUGUUGUCCUGAGUAGAGAAAGUCUGGUCAGACUGCUGGACAACCACGGUCCGGACUUCACUGAUCCCUGGGAGUUACCUGUAGUGGUCAAAACCAACCCUGGGAGAGGCAGUAGCCGGAGUAAGACGGUGUACAUCGACCCUCCACUGCUGCAGACAGAGAUGACUGUGAGAGAGAGGAGUCUGCUGUUCCAUGAGGAGAGCAUGAAGCUGUCAGUCAACAAGACUGGAACCAAGAAUGUCUUCCACCUCAUGACUGAGACUCCAGCUAUGAACAAACAACUACCCGCUGAGAGCUCCCAGAGGAGGCUGGCCUCGUUUGAGACCUCUGGUCUGGACUUUGGACUUGAUCUCACAGACUUAGAAACGUUUGGAGAAACGACUCAGUCCCCCAAGAGGCUGAAGACCCAUCAUCUACAGAAAGACUUGGUCAGUCAGCCUAAAACCAAGUCUAAACAGUACAGUGGGACCCUGGGUAAAGAGGUAUCUAAGGCCAGCAGAACUCAGGAUGAAGAGGUGAACUUAUUAUGGACAAACACAAAGGUGGUUUCAGAGACAGAGGGGAUAGAGCUAAGAGAGCAGAGCUGUGCUGAACAAUCAUUGGCUGCUACUGUCCCUUCAGCCAAUCAGCUGAAACCUGGCUCUGUACAGGACUCUGAGGAACAGUUAUCCUCAGGUGGAGACUCAGAAGACGAGCGCCUGGUGAUUGAUGACCCUGUAUCCCCAGUCUCCACCACCAACAGGUUACCCCCAACCACGGCGACCCAACUCUCCCCAACACAUCAACAGGACACUCCCCGAUCCCCCUCUGCCUCCUCACCACCACCCCUCGCCACCGGGACAAGGAGAGUGGCCAGGAAGGCUAAGGUACCAGGGGGCUGUGACCAGCUGGGUCAGAUCCUAGCCAUGCAGAAGGCCAUGCUCAAACCCAAACCCUCUAACAACCAGACCCAGGACCCAGCCAGACCCUGCUCCUCCCAGCCCGCAGAACCCCUCUCCAACCCAAACCCCCAGUCGCUGGUGAAGCCCUGUGUGUCCAACUACCUGGAGAGUACCCAGGAUGGAGAGACGUAUGUCGACGCCCCUUCUCAAUCUGGACCAAUAGACAACAGGAAGACUGUACAACAAAAACGGCUGCUGUGUUACAUGUUAAUGUCCCCCCCCAGGGGCUGUGUGAUGAUCUCAUGGGGGGCUGAGGAUGAGGAGGACUAUUCAUCUCCAGAGGAAGGAAACCUGCUGUAUAAACUGUACAGUCUACAGGACCUGCUGCUGCUGGUGCGGAGUGACGUCUGUCUGGCACACACGCGCAGGCUGGGCACCAGCAACAAGGCAGGCUGGGCACCAGCAACAAGGUCUGGAACACACACACACACGCACGCAGGCUGGGCACCAGCAACAAGGUCUGGAACACACACACACGCGCAGGCUGGGCACCAGCAACAAGGUCUGGAACGUACACACACACACACGCGCAGGCUGGGCACCAGCAACAAGGUGGUCCCUGUCUAUGUCCUGUCCAAGAUGGAGUACCAGCUUUCUUAUGGAGUGGAGAGUCUAACUAAGACUGAGGCCUGCCGGCUGUGGGCCGAGACACUACUACACUCCAGCACUGUCCCCUAUAUAGGUCAUAUCAGCGCCCACACUUCAAAGGUAGCUCUGCUCAGGAAGCUGCCAGAAAACUGGAAACCCAACGCUUCCUGUGACUUCAAACCAGCCAAGUCCCUCAACAUACUGCAUCAUCUGCUGAAGAAGAUCACUGGGUUAUCUGAGGGCCACUAUCUGAUUGGUCAUAAGGCAGGGGAGCCCUUCGUAACCAUCUUAAAGGCAACGGAGGGGCGGAGGAUUGUCCGAGAGGCCUAUAACCUGCACCAGACCCAUAGCAGCGUGCCCCCUCCCUCUGCCCUCGGCCCUGUACCCUGGGUACCGCUGGACCCCACGCUGGUCCUACCCUUCCACCAGAAACACAGCCGGCCACCCUGUACCUUCCCCCCUCCAGACCUGCAACAACACAAGGCAAGGAAGGGCGGGGCUGGAGAACCAGGGACGCCGGGUCCAAGUAAGGGGAAGGUAGGGCCAGCUAACCCCACCUCCAGCCGGGGAGCGAAGAAGAAGAAGAAUAAAGGGAAGAGAACACAGAGGCGAGACAAGUGGAUGAAGAGGCAGAUCCAACGCUCUAUCCAGCAGAACAGCCCUUAGGACCACCUACAGAACCAUCUAUAAAUCAAAUGUUAUUGGUCGCAUACACAUGUUUAGUAGAUGUUAUUGCAGGUGAAGCGAAAUGCUUGUGUUUCUAGCUCCAACAGUGCAGUAAUAUUUAACAAAUAAUAUUUAACAAUUUCACAAGUGUUAGAUAUGCAUGUAUAGAACCAUUAUAGCAUGGCGCUUGCAAUGCCAGGUUUGUGGGUUCGAUUCUCAUGAGGGACCAGUACGAACAUGUAUGCUCUGGAUGAAAGCGUCUGCUAAAUUACUAAAAUGUUGAGUGGGUUGGUGUACUUUCUGCAUUAUUCAGAUUAAAGAGUAUAAUAAUCACA